UCGCUGUACGGCCGGUGUGCAGGAGGUGCAGGCGGGAUGCUGCUGAUCGAAAAGUGCACAGCUGCUCCGGCCAACUGCACCGCGCUUUAAACAGUGAGAAGUAAGAUGAGGUGUAAUCAGCUGUUGUAUCGCAGUGUAAACAACAUGCAAGAGUCCGGACACAUCAAACGCGACCGCCUCCUGUCCUGACAGCCCCGUGACGGAGACGUCCGCUGUCCACGGUACCGACGGGUCGCAUCCCCAUCCUGCAGGCUGGCUGCUUUGCUCGCUGGGUCGGUCUGUCUCCGGACCGUCAAUCGAUCUUCGCCUUUAUGUGACAACCCUGUCGUGUUGAUUGGCGUGCGCGACGAAGGGAGACUGAUGCUGCUCCCCUCUGUGAAAUUGUGAGAUCACCUUUACGGUUCACCUUGGAAAUAAAAAAAAACGGAUGAAAGGUUGAUGGAUCGCAUGCAGGCGGAGCAAAUCAGCACUGGGCCCUGUGGGCCCAAAGUGCAACCUGGACCCUGUGCACUGAUCGGAGUUGGCCCGGGUUUGCCUCCAAAGCUCGCAAUCCAUGAACCACCUCUCAUCACCCCAUCAGAGGUGCUCAAAAAACAGUCUGGAUCGAGUCCCGUGCCGGCUGCAGUUGCACCUGUCAAAGUGGCAGAUGAAAUGCAGCCGGGGCAGUUAAAGUCUAGGUCCACUCCAACAACACUGGUAAGCAUAAGCAGACCAAGACCGACUGCUCUGGGAACUAAACUUGCUCCAAAGUCGACCAGAAUCUCAGUGGACCCCUCUAAGGAAAUCGAUUUGAUGCCAGUUUGUAUCCCAGGACCUCAGAGUGCCAACGCCCAGUUGCAUUCCCCGACAGAGUCCUCCUUCAGUCGUCACAGUCCUCAGAGUCCCCGCAGCCCUCAGUCUUACACCAGUCAGCCUUACCUGAGCCCCAAUCCCAGCCUGCCCUCCAGCCUCAGCCUCAAGCCCAGCCUCAGUCCUCAGCCACAGACGGCCUCCUCACCUGGUGGCUCCACACAGAGCCAAGUGCAGACUGAGAAGCCAGCAGGAUACAACAGUGACUUCAGGGUGUACAUCGUCACAUGGAAUGUGGGAUCAGCUGUCCCGCCAGAUGACAUCACUUCUCUGUUCGGACCAAAUGUUUCAGAUGGGAGCGUUGACAUGUUUAUCAUCGGACUCCAGGAAGUCAACUCCAUGAUAAACAAGCGGCUGAAGGAUGUUCUUUUUUCAGACCAGUGGAGUGAGCUUUGCAUGGACACACUCAGUCCUUUUGGAUAUGUUUUGGUGGCAUCCCAGCGUAUGCAGGGAGUGCUGCUGCUGGUUUUCUCUAAAUUCUGCCAUCUUCCAUUCCUCAGAGGAGUGCAGACAGAGAGCACACGCACAGGACUUGGGGGAUAUUGGGGGAAUAAAGGGGGCGUCAGUGCGAGGAUGACAAUGUUCGGCCACCCGGUGUGCUUUCUCAACUGUCACCUGCCAGCUCACAUGAGGAACCUGGAGCAGCGGAUGGAGGACUUUGAAAGCAUCCUGCAGCAGCAGCAGUUUGAAGGAGGCACUGCCACUGGUGUACUGGACCACGAUGUCGUGUUUUGGUUUGGGGAUUUAAAUUUCCGUAUUGAAGACUACGACAUCCAUGUGGUGAAAUGUGCCAUCGACAGCAAUAAGCUGCCUCUUCUGUGGGAGCGAGAUCAGCUCAACAUGGCUAAAAUCACAGAGUCCAUCCUUGACGGCUUCAUCGAAGGACCACUGAAAUUCCCACCCACAUAUAAGUUUGAUGUGGGCACUCAUACGUACGACACCAGUGCAAAGAAGAGGAAACCUGCCUGGACAGAUCGCAUCCUCUGGCGCUCUCGGCGUACCGGCUCCCCGGUUCCUACCCACAAUGCAGCACUACAGCGGGGUCUGACGUCGUGGUUGGGUGGGGUGACUAAAGUGACACAGCAUGUGUACCGAAGUCACAUGGGCUUCACCAUCAGCGACCACAAGCCUGUUUCUGCUCUGUUUUCACUGCAUUUCCCAUUCAGGGUGGACAUGCCCCUGGUGGAGCUGCAGGUAAACAAGGAGUGGAGUAAAGUCUCAGAUGCUACAGUUAGAUUCACUGUUGCAUCAACUUAUCAGCGCAGUUCAUGGGACUGGGUAGCAAUUUACAAGGUUGGAUUCAGACAUCACAAAGAUUACCAGGCGUACAUAUGGGCCAAGGGAGAGCAUGCGACACAGGUGACAUUUUCAGAGGAGGAUUUGCCACGAGAUGACUGUGAAUACAUCCUGGGUUACUACAGUAACAACAUGAACAGCAUUGUUGGACUGUCGACGCCAGUUCAGAUCAAGAUCCCAGUCCACAGUCCCACCGCGCGUCGCUCCGACAGCUCGGACGUCAGCUCCGAAGAUGACAGCACUCUGGUUCUGCUGGCUCCAAGCUCCCGCAGCCCAAGUCCUAAAACUGGCAAACACCGCCACCGCCACAGACGCAGCCGCAGCCCAGCUGUCCCGGCUCUUUCUUCUAACCCCCUCCCCUCCCUGCAGGGCCUCAGCCUCUGUCCUCGCUCCAAAGAAAGCCAGACUUGCAGCCGCUCACCCUGCUCCGCCGCUAAGAAGGAGCGACUGGUCUCCCCCGACACUGUGGUGUCCCCUGCCAUCAGCCCGCUAAGUCCCCGCAGCCCUGUGUCUCCAGGAGGUGGCGUGACUGCACCGGAGGCCCUGAUCGCCGCCAUGUUAGGUGAACACAGACCAGCUCAGGUUAGCCCCUCAGGGCUCAAACAGAUAGGAAAGACAGGGGAAACAGACACUGCAUAGAAUAUAAGCAUCGGAUCGCAGCAAUAGCCAUGCAUUCAGCGUCUGAUCUGAUCCCACAAAGUCACUGUGCUCGUAGAAGCAGCACAUUAUGUGACUCUUAAAGUAGUUUGCAAACAUUCCACAUUGUAGCCCUGCAGUUUUCUGUCUCUGAUCAUCUCAUACACUGUGUGUAUCUCGGAGUCAAAGAUGUGUCCAGACUCCUGAAGUGCUUUUAUAGACUCAUAAGCUAUAUCAUACGUCGACAAACAUAUUGAAUGUGAAACCAAAGUCAGAGUAAACCCGAUGGACACGACUGACAGCAAUAUGGAUCCAUGUAAACAGUCUUGUAUCAAAAUAAGGACCCUGGACCAGAAGCAUUGAUGGUAUCAUAGUUCACAUCAUAGAGAGAGUGAAUGUGUGUGUGUGUGUG